AUGUGCUCUGAAGUAAAAGAUUUAGAAUUGCUACAUACUGCGUCUCUUCUGGACAAAACUUUUGGCCUAAAGAAUAAGAAAGGAGCAAAGCAACAGAAGUUUAUCAAGGCUGUCACUCAUCAGGUUAAGUUUGGUCAACAAAAUCCACGUCAGGUAGCACAAAGUGAGGCUGAAAAGAAAUUGAAGAAAGAUGACAAGAAGAAAGAAUUACAAGAACUGAAUGAGCUGUUCAAACCUGUAGUUGCUGCUCAGAAAAUAAGUAAAGGUGCAGAUCCCAAGUCCGUGGUGUGUGCAUUCUUUAAGCAAGGACAGUGCACUAAAGGAGAUAAGUGUAAGUUCUCUCAUGACUUGACUCUGGAAAGAAAGUGUGAAAAGCGGAGUGUUUACAUUGAUGCAAGAGAUGAAGAACUUGAAAAAGAUACUAUGGAUAAUUGGGAUGAGAAAAAACUGGAAGAAGUAGUGAACAAGAAGCACGGUGAGGCGGAAAAGAAAAAACCAAAAACUCAAAUAGUGUGUAAGCAUUUCCUUGAAGCUAUUGAAAACAACAAAUAUGGCUGGUUUUGGGUAUGCCCUGGAGGUGGUGAUAUUUGCAUGUAUCGUCAUGCCCUUCCUCCUGGAUUUGUGUUGAAAAAGGAUAAAAAAAAAGAAGAGAAAGAAGAUGAAAUUUCAUUAGAAGAUCUAAUUGAAAGAGAGCGUUCUGCCCUAGGUCCAAAUGUUACCAAGAUCACUCUAGAAUCUUUUCUUGCAUGGAAGAAAAGAAAAAGACAAGAGAAGAUUGAUAAACUUGAGCAAGAUAUGGAAAGAAGGAAAGCAGAUUUCAAAGCAGGGAAAGCAUUAGUGAUUAGCGGUCGCGAGGUAUUUGAAUUUCGUCCUGAACUGGUUGAUGAUGAUGAUGAGGAAGCAGAUGAUACCCGUUACACCCAGGGAACAGGUGGUGAUGAGGUUGAUGAUUCAGUGAGUGUAAAUGACAUAGAUUUAAGCCUGUAUAUCCCAAGAGAUGUAGAUGAGACAGGUAUUACUGUUGCCAGUCUCGAAAGAUUCAGCACAUAUACUUCAGAAAAGGACGAAAACAAAUUAAGUGAAGCUUCUGGAGGUAGGGCUGAAAAUGGUGAAAGAAGUGAUUUGGAAGAGGACAACGAAGGGGAGGGACAGGAAAAUGGAGCCAUCGAUGCUGUUCCUGUUGAUGAAAAUCUUUUUACUGGGGAAGAUUUGGAUGAACUAGAAGAAGAAUUAAACACACUUGAUUUAGAAGAAUGACAACAAACAAGUCUGAGAAAAUUAAGCCAGCUCAGCAUGAGUUGAAAUUGACUACAGUAAUUUUUUUCCACCUAGAAUUCUUCAACAGGAUGUUUAUUUCCCAUGCUGAUUCUGGAGGGCUUACUCUCCUCCAAAAAAGGAAUAUUCUCCCUACGUCUUGUCUUCUGACUUUGGCUACAUCUCAUAGUAAGUUCAGAGUAGUUGAUGAUAAAUUGAAAAUAUAAUGGUCAUUGCAGAAAAUGAUUGUUGUAACUGUCCAAGUAGGAAGUGUAACUGCUUUUCCAGCUUUUGAUUUUCAUUGGGCAUGUAUUAUAAGAACAACGUAAAUUUAAAUUGAAAAUAUCCUUCAUUUAAUGCAGUUUUUAAUGAGUGGUUUCAUUUCCUUUGUAUUUAUAUGUUUAAAAGACUGCCUAAAAUAUGAACACUGUAUUUCAUAAAGGAAACUGCAUAUGCAGAUUCAGUAUUGUAAAUCUUCAGACAAUUAGAUGGACAUAUAACGGGAAACUUCUUUACCCUCACAGAAUCAGCUGCAAUGCCCUGUGUUAAACUGUUUUAAAUGUUUCCCUCUUCUUUUUUGCCAAUAAAGUUGUAAAUAAAGACCAUCAUACAUUAAAA